CUACAGAGUAUAAAAAAGUUUUCAUUUAUUGAUAUGUCAAGUUUGAAGUCCGCGCGUUGUCAAAAUGGCCGGAUGAAGCGCAUUCAGCGCUUUCCGGCGGCCAUUCGUAAAAUUACUCCCUUUACUGUGUGACCGUGACAAACAUGGCUCCUACAAAACCAAAAUCAGCGGAUAAAUCCGCUGGCAAAAAAGAAGAGAAGAAGAAGCCGGCAUCCGCCCCCGCUGCUGCCUCUGGUGCUGGGACUUCGUCUAAAGUCGCCCCGGCCCCUAAAGCCGCCGCUAAGGCCUCAGGAGCGACCGGUUCGGCCAAGCCAGCUGAGAAAAAAGCGACGUCGAAAACACCCGCCCCCAAGCCUGCUGCCGCGGCUAAGGUUUCUGGAAGUGCGAAAUCGGCGCCGGCCGCCGCCUCUAAGCCCAAAUCCGGGGCUAAACCCGCCGCUAAGGCCACCGCCAAAGCUGCGGGCAAACCCGCGGCUAAAACUGCGGCCAAGGCUGGAGCCAAGAAGCAACCAGCGACUAAAGUUGCCGGAAAACCGAAAAUUCCGCCAAAGGCUAUCGUGACGAAGCCCAAAAAGACCGUUCCAGUUAAACAACAGAAGGGAGUUGGGAAGAAAGUAGUGCCUGCGGCUCCGGUUCAGAAGGCUUUGAAGGUACAAAAGAAAGUUAUCAAGGGGCCAAAUGGGACGCACGCGAGGAAGAUUAGGACGUCGGUGCAUUUCCACCGCCCUAAGACUUUCAGACCGCCGAGGAAUCCCAAAUAUCCCAGGAAAUCGGUCCCAAGCAGGACUAGGAUGGACGCUUACAAUAUCAUCAAAUAUCCUUUGACUACUGAAGCCGCAAUGAAGAAAAUUGAGGAUAAUAACACUUUGGUAUUUUUGGUACAUACAAGGGCUAACAAACACCACAUUAGGGCCGCUGUUAAAAAGUUGUAUGACAUUAAUGUGGCAAAAGUUAAUUCUUUGAUUAGGCCCGAUGGUAAGAAGAAGGCUUAUGUAAGAUUAGCCAGAGACUACGACGCGUUAGAUGUAGCAAACAAAAUUGGAAUUAUAUAAAAGGUGUCUUCACUUUUUUUGUACAUUUUGACGUAUGAAUAAAACUUGGAGAUGCUUCAAAAAUAA